AUGAUUGGCUGUGGCGCUUGUGAACCCGAAGUAAAGAUGGCGGGCGGGCAGGCAGCCGCCGCACUGCCCUCUUGGAAGAUGGCGGCGCGCCGCAGCCUCAGCGCCCGCGGCCGGGGGCUCCUGCAGGCGGCGGGGCGGCUGCUGCCGUUGCUACUGCUGAGCUGCUGCUGCGGCGCGGGCGGCUGCACGGCGGUGGGCGAGAACGAAGAGACGGUGAUCAUCGGGUUGCGGCUGGAGGACACAAACGACGUGUCGUUCAUGGAAGGGGGGGCGCUGCGGGUGAGCGAGCGGACCCGGGUCAAGCUGCGGGUGUACGGGCAGAACAUCAACAACGAGACAUGGUCCCGCAUUGCAUUCACAGAGCACGAGCGGCGGCGCCACAGCCCCGGCGAGCGCGGGCUGGGGGGCCCCGCGCCGCCGGAGCCGGACAGCGGCCCCCAGCGCUGCGGCAUCCGCACAUCAGAUAUCAUCAUCUUGCCCCAUAUCAUUCUCAACCGCCGUACAUCGGGCAUCAUUGAGAUAGAGAUCAAACCGCUGCGCAAGAUGGAGAAGAGCAAGUCCUAUUACCUGUGCACGUCGCUCUCCACGCCAGCCCUAGGCGCCGGCGGCUCGGGGUCCGCGGGCAGCGCCGUCGGGGGCAAGGGCGGCUCCGGGGUGGCCGGGCUCCCGCCGCCCCCGUGGGCCGAGACCACCUGGAUUUAUCACGAUGGCGAGGAUACCAAGAUGAUCGUGGGGGAGGAAAAGAAGUUCCUGCUGCCCUUCUGGCUGCAGGUGAUCUUCAUUUCGCUGCUCCUGUGCCUGUCGGGCAUGUUCAGCGGCCUCAACCUUGGACUCAUGGCCCUAGACCCGAUGGAGCUGCGCAUUGUGCAGAACUGCGGCACCGAGAAGGAGAAGAAUUACGCCAAGCGCAUCGAGCCCGUGCGCAGGCAGGGCAACUACCUGCUGUGCUCGCUGCUGCUGGGCAACGUGCUGGUCAACACCACGCUCACCAUCCUGCUCGACGACAUCGCUGGCUCAGGCCUGGUGGCGGUGGUGGUCUCCACCAUCGGCAUCGUCAUCUUCGGGGAGAUCGUGCCCCAGGCCAUCUGCUCCCGGCACGGCCUGGCUGUGGGAGCCAACACCAUCUUUCUCACCAAGUUUUUCAUGAUGAUGACCUUUCCCGCUUCUUACCCGGUCAGCAAGCUGCUGGACUGCGUUCUGGGCCAGGAGAUAGGCACCGUCUAUAACCGGGAAAAGCUGCUGGAGAUGCUCCGGGUCACAGACCCCUACAAUGACCUCGUAAAGGAGGAGCUGAAUAUCAUCCAAGGGGCGCUGGAGCUCCGCACCAAGACGGUGGAGGACGUGAUGACUCCCCUCCGGGACUGUUUCAUGAUCACCGGCGAAGCCAUUCUGGACUUCAACACCAUGUCGGAGAUCAUGGAGAGCGGCUACACUCGCAUUCCAGUAUUUGAGGGGGAACGCUCCAACAUCGUGGACCUCCUCUUCGUCAAAGACUUGGCCUUCGUGGAUCCAGAUGACUGUACUCCCCUGAAAACCAUCACGAAAUUUUAUAACCACCCCUUGCACUUUGUUUUCAAUGACACCAAGUUGGACGCUAUGCUGGAAGAAUUUAAGAAAGGUAAAUCUCACCUGGCUAUUGUGCAGCGAGUAAACAAUGAGGGAGAGGGGGAUCCAUUUUAUGAAGUUCUGGGAAUUGUCACAUUAGAGGAUGUGAUUGAAGAAAUCAUCAAAUCUGAGAUUCUAGAUGAAACAGAUUUAUACACUGAUAACAGAACGAAAAAGAAAGUGGCCCAUCGAGAAAGAAAGCAAGAUUUUUCUGCCUUUAAGCAGACAGACAGCGAGAUGAAGGUUAAAAUAUCACCGCAGCUUCUCUUGGCCAUGCACCGUUUCCUAGCAACAGAAGUAGAAGCAUUUAGCCCAUCCCAGAUGUCAGAGAAGAUCCUUCUAAGGCUGCUAAAGCACCCCAAUGUCAUCCAGGAACUGAAGUAUGAUGAGAAGAACAAGAAAGCUCCAGAAUACUACCUCUACCAGCGAAACAAACCUGUAGACUACUUCGUUCUCAUUUUGCAGGGGAAAGUGGAAGUAGAAGCUGGAAAAGAAGGUAUGAAGUUUGAAGCCAGUGCUUUUUCAUACUAUGGUGUGAUGGCCCUUACAGCCUCCCCAGUUCCUUUGUCCCUGUCUCGUACCUUUGUUGUCAGCAGAACAGAGUUGUUAGCAGCAGGUUCUCCAGGUGAAAACAAGUCACCUCCUCGCCCGUGCGGCUUGAAUCACUCGGACUCUCUUAGUCGCAGCGACCGAAUUGAUGCGGUAACGCCGACUCUGGGGAGUAGCAACAAUCAGCUCAACUCUGCAUUCCUCCAGGUCUACAUCCCCGACUACUCAGUGCGAGCCCUCUCCGAUCUCCAGUUUGUUAAGAUCUCAAGACAGCAAUACCAAAAUGCCUUGAUGGCAUCCCGGAUGGACAAGACUCCUCAGUCUUCAGACAGUGAAAACACUAAAAUCGAAUUGACUCUUACGGAGCUGCACGACGGGUUGCCGGAUGAGACGGCCAACCUGCUCAACGAACAGAACUGUGUGACGCACACCAAGGCCAACCACAGCCUGCACAGCGAAGGCGCCAUCUAGGGCGCCCGGCCCCCACACCAGGCUGCCGGCCUCCCGCCGUCCGACCGUGAAUCCCACUAGUGUGAGCUUGUGUGCCAUGCUGCAUCCU